AUGGCUGCAGCUCAGAUUUUCUGGGACACAACUACAACAGUGGGAUGCGGAGUGCUCACGUGCUAUGAUGGAAGAAUAAGUGUCGUUUGCCAGUACCAUCCACAAGGGAAUUACCUUGGACAGAAAUGGUACACGCCUGGUGAUACACUGUCUGAAUGUGGGAAGCAUAAAAAAAUCAGAAAUAUCUUUGGUCAACUCGUUGAUGAAGUGCAAGGGAUAGAAAUCCCACAUUCGAAUACUGGACUUUGUGAAAUUUUGACUUGA